AUGGCAAUGUGUAUAAAAAAUGAUGGUUCUGUAGCAGUUGCAAUCGGGGAUGGUUCUAGUGGUCAAUUUACAGCAAUCCAAAUUGCUAUUUCUCAACAAUGUCCCGGAGUAACUAAUGUUAGUUUAUGCUAUGUGGAUUGCAAAGGGUCAUAUGGAGGUUCAGGUGCAUAUUGGAGUUGGAAACAAUGCAACUUACAAUCGGGAGCCUAUGUGUGCGAUGGCACGGUAUUGUACGUAUGCAUAUUAGGAAAAGAUCCAAAUUAUCCAUUUAAUGUAUCACCUACACCACCUACUCCCACUUAUAGUCCAGUUGUUCAAUCGAAUUUUAAUCCUCCUCAAUCAAAUCCUCAAUCAAAUACUUCUCAAUCAAAUAACUGUUCAUCUGGUAGUACUUGCAUUAAUAAUAAUUAUAACCGUUCUCAAGCCAAUAAAAUUGAUGUCAAGAUUUUAGUAAUUGAGAUUUCAAGCAUAUCAAAUUUGAGUGAAGAAGUUUCAAAUCCCAUUACAAUAUCAUCACCAUAUCAAAAAAUUUUAAAUUCAACCUCUAUGCGGCACAAAAUCAAGAACCCUUUAACCUGA